AUGUGCAAUCAAACUGUGACAUCUGCUUAGAACAAAUAAAAACUUAAGAACAUUACCCAGUUGAGUGCUGCAGUCAAAUGUUUCAUAAAGUUUGUCUUAAAAUGUACUUUAAUAGCUAAGUAGAGCGAAGAAGGUUUCCUAUAAAAUGUCUUAAUUAGAAGUGCUCUUCAGAGAUUUCUUAAAAAGAUAUUAGAAAAAUACUUAAUGAUUUAGAUUUCUAAAAAUUUGAGUAGUUUUAACUUAAAAAUUACAUAGACUGUUUAGGAGAUUAAGCUUCUUGGUGUCCUACUCCAGAUUGCUAAUUCGCAUUUAUUUUAGAUGACGAUUAAACUAUACUAAAUUGCCCUUGUUGUAAAAAAGUAUAUUGCUUGGCAUGUAAGGUACUGUACCAUGAAAAUUACACUUGCAAAUAAUUUUAAACUUCAAAAAAUAAAUUAGUAUGCUUAAAUUAAAGUUAAAUAAAGAUGA